UUUUGCAGAGAAAACGUGGAAGAAACUGGUAGAAAGUGUAAAACUAAAAAGCUGGAUAUCGAUGGCGGCAAUCUUGGGGGAAAUUUAUGAGUACGAUUUCUGUCAAAGACAAUACAUUUUAAGUGAGAUUUUAUGUGAUAUGGUAGUGGGGAGAGAUGGAGUUCCGCAGGCGACUGGCUGCCCUUAGAGUCAGCAGGGGUGGUGACCAAGAGGAGAGUGAGUCCUUGUCCCUGGGGAGACAAAUCAGUAACCCAAAUCAGAAAUCAUGGAUUGAAAAGACUUUCUUCAAAAGAGAUUGUAUCAAAUUCAUUAAGAGUUCAAGAGACUCAGGAAGGUGCUCCUGUGGCAGACCUGCAAGUUGGCAUGCAACAGAGAUCAAAUCAACAGACAGUCCCAGCCACAUAGAAAGGUGGCAUCCCUAUUCCCACACAGAGAGCAAACCCACUGAUGCUUAUGGCACCCUAGAAUUCCAGGGGGCACCCCAUCCCAGCAAAGCUCAGUAUGUGAGGUUGAGCAGUUUUGACACAAAAGCUGAGAAUGUGUUGCAGCUUCUAACCAAACACUGGGGAUUAGAACUCCCCAAGCUCCUUAUUACUGUGCAGGGAGGAAUCUUAAACUUUGAUCUCCAGCCCAAAUUAAAACGGGUGUUCCGAAAAGGACUUCUGAAGGCAGCCAAGACUACAGGGGCAUGGAUAAUAACAGGAGGAACUAAUACAGGUGUGACUAGACACGUUGGGGAUGCUAUCAGUGACCGUACUACCAAGCUGAAAAACAAAGUAGUGGCAAUAGGCAUAGCACCAUGGGGAAUUGUAGAAAACAAAGAAGAGCUGAUUGGAAAAGAUGUUGUUGUGCCAUAUCACUGUGUUUCCUCACCUAAAAGUAACUAUGCAGUUUUGAACAGCAACCAUUCAUACUUCCUGUUGGUAGACAAUGGAACGGUUGGAAAAUAUGGAGGGGAAAUUAUAUUCAGGAAAAGACUAGAGAGAUUCAUUGCACAACAAAAAAUUUCCAUAACCAGUGGCGUGAAGGGGCGUGGAGUACCAGUGAUCUGUGUGGUCCUAGAGGGUGGUGCCAACACCAUCCGCUCUGUAUUGGAGUAUGUGACAGACAAACCACCUGUGCCUGUGGUGGUCUGUGAUGGAAGUGGUAGAGCUGCAGAUCUCCUGGCGUUUACACACAAAUAUGCUCAAGAAGAUGGGACAAUGGUAGAGAGUUUGAGAGACCAGCUCAUUCUCACAAUUCAGAAAACCUUCCAGUAUUCACCGGAGCAAGCUGAAAAAUUGUUUUUGGAACUCAUGCUUUGUGUGAAGAAAAGAGAAUUGAUCACAGUAUUCCGAAUGGGAGAGGGAGCUCAAGACAUUGACCUGGCUAUAUUAACAGCUCUCCUCAAAGGAACGAACGCCAGUGCCCCAGAUCAGCUAAGUUUGGCCUUGACCUGGGACAGAGUUGACAUUGCCCGUAGUCACAUCUUUACUUAUGGACAGGAAUGGCCGGAGGGAUCUCUGGAACAAGCUAUGAUGGAUGCACUCAUUAAUGACAGGGUAGACUUUGUUAAGUUGUUGUUGGAGAAUGGAGUCAGUAUGCAUACCUUUCUCACCAUUCCUAGGCUGGAGGAACUCUAUAACACAAGACAGGGUCCAGCAAACACACUGCGAUACUUAAUCAGGGAUGUCAAAAAGCAUGUUUUGUCGAGCUAUAACUACACACUGAUAGAUAUAGGGAUGGUGAUGGAACAUUUGAUGGGAGGAGCCUUCAGGUCAACCUACUGCAGAAAGCGAUUCCGACAAAAGUACAAUGCUAUCAAGAGAAAUAAUACUGCAGGCAAUCUUCACAGCAUUGUGACAGAACUACCUCUGAUGAUCGACACAAAGGAAGCACAGGAGCUUUUCCCUUACCCCUUCCAUGAUCUCAUGAUUUGGGCAGUACUGAUGAAGCGUCAGAAGAUGGCGCUGUUUAUGUGGCAGCAUGGAGAAGAGGCCAUGGCUAAGGCUUUGGUAGCAUGUAAGCUGUACAAGGCCAUGGCUCAUGAAGCAGAUGAAGAUAACCUAGAAGUGGACAUUUCAGAGCAGUUCUUAAAUGAUGGAAAGGAAUUUGAAAAAUUGGCACUGGAGAUGUUGGAACACUGCUAUAAGAUAGAUGACGACUACACACAGCAAUUGUUGACCUACGAACUAAAGAACUUCUCAGAUCAGACGUGUCUCAGUCUGGCUGUGGAUGCCAUGCAUCAGGAUUUUGUGGCUCAUACUUGCUGCCAGACCCUGAUAAAUGACCUCUGGAUGGGGGGUCUUAGAAUGAGAAAGAACAGCAGUCUUAAGGUGAUUCUUGGGAUCCUGAUUCCCCCCUAUGCAAUGGCCCUUGAAUUCAAGUCAAAGGAGGAGCUUCAACUGAUGCCCCAGACUAUGGAGGAGCACUUGGAGGAGCUGGAGGAUGAUGACAGUGAUACAGAGGAUCUCUCCUUCAGCUCCCUGGAUGAUGACAAUGUGAAUGAGUACUCUGGUGUAUACACCAUUCCUACCUCCCACUCUGUGCCCCGCCUUAGUGUAAAUGGACAGUCUAAUGGCCAACUCAAACAGUCCUUAAGCAAAUCAAAGAGUAUGUUUUGUGAUGAUAUGAAUGUGGAGACAGCUCAAAUUAAGGUUCAAGAGAAUGGAAGCUGCCCUGUGGACAACAACAGCACGCUGGAGUACUCUCAAUUACAGAGCAAGAAAAAGAAGAGUCCACUCAGACUCGGAAAGAAAAUCUACGAGUUCUACAACUCACCCAUCACCAAGUUCUGGUUCUACACAAUGACCUACUUUGCAUUCCUGGCCGCCUACACAUAUGUGGUGCUAGUGAAGACCUACCCAGAGCCCCACUGGCCCGAGAUCUUUUUAAUGACCUAUGUGUUCUCCUUGGCUACUGAAAAGUUUAGACAAAUUGUGGCAUCUGAACCUGUUAAGUGCAGUCUGAAGUUACGUGUGUUCUUUAGUCAGUACUGGAAUAUCUGGGACAUGGUGGCCAUUUUGAUGUUUUCUACAGCAGUUGGUCUUCGAAUGUUUGAUGAAACAAGAAAAGCAGCUCGCAUUAUCUACACAUUAAACAUAGUGUUCUUCUACAUACGAAUACUAGAAAUUCUGUCAGUUAACCAGUACCUGGGACCAUAUGUCAAGAUCAUUGGCAAGCUGCUGAGGGACAUGUCCUAUUUCCUGAUCAUCAUGUUGUUGGUCGUGAUGAGUUUUGGAAUCAUCCGUCAGGCAGUACAUUUCCAGAACGAGGAACCAUCUUGGUUCCUUGUCAGAAACAUGUUCUUUUACCCUUAUUGGAUGAUCUAUGGAGAAUUGUUUGCAGAUGAAAUAGAUACCUGUACAGAUCCUGAACGUCACCCCAAUGGCUGUGUAUAUGGGUCUUGGGUUGCCCCUGCCUGUAUGUUUGUUUUCCUCCUCAUGUCCAAUGUACUUUUGGUUAACCUACUUAUUGCCAGAUUCAAUGCCACUUUCAUAAGAAACAAUGCCAAAUCUCGGGAAAUUUGGAAAUUCCAACGAUAUCAGUUGAUUGUGAAAUAUGAAAUGCGCCCAAUCUUGCCUCCACCUUUCACAAUUAUCAGCCACAUUUACCUCACAUUCAAGUACAUCAUUCGUCGCUGCAAAGGAAAGAGGGAUUUUUUUGACAACGGGCUGAAGCUGUUCCUGUCUCCUGAUGAUAAGGAGAAACUUCACGAUUUCGAGGAAGAGUGUGUAGAAGACUACUUCCGUUACAAGGAUUACAAGUUCCAGUCUUCCUCAGAUGAACGAAUCAGGGUCAUUAAUGAGAGAGUUGAAAACAUGGCAAUGAGAAUGGACGAUGUCAACCAGAAGGAGAACUCCAUCAAGCUUUCUCUACAGACUGUAGAUUACAGAAUGUCUAAGCUGGAGGAGGUAGCUCUGCAAACAAAUGAAACACUGGCCCUGCUGAAAAACUACCUCUCUAGAAACGUCAGACAUUUCAGCGGCGGAUCUGUCGGGAGUCAGGUUCAUGAGCCUAGCUUGGUGAGCCAGGAUUCCUUCAUGGAAAAUGAUAUUGUAAUGUACGAGUCAGAUUCCCCAGCAAAAAUUGAUCCUGAUCAGGACACGGUACCACUGACAACUCCUGUUUUCACUUUGGGCAAGGAUUCUCCUAGUCCCACCAUGCACAAUGAAUCUAAUUCCACUAUGAGAAGCAUUCCAUCACCAUUAUUAGUUCAUACUAAAAAUCCAGUCAAGGAAGAACAGUUGAAAAAGUUUACAGACUACUCCAAACAACAGGCCAACCCAGCCAGAAGGAAGUCACUGGAAUACAAUCUGAGCAUAAAAGGCAAGAAAUUGCUUCCUCAAUUACAGGAAUCAAGUCCUAUUAUUGAAUAUGAAGAAGGCCUUCCAUUAACCCAGCGCAGACAUGUUCCUUCAGAAUUAAAUGUUAACAUAGAGCUGGCUAAUGCAGGUGUCCAUGCUUCUGCUGCCACACAUGUUCCUGAUGCUGAAAAGAACAAAAAUCAGUCAGCAGUGUACUCCACAGCAAUCAUUGCAGCAGAGACACACAUGACCACUGGGAUACCUGAGAACAUCUCAUACAAUGAUGCUGAGAUGCAGAUGAAGACAAAUAUUUCCCGUGCUCCCACUUCUCCCAGAAUCUCCAUUACAUCUGCUGUUUAUGGCAGUAGUAAAACAAAUCUGCUAACACCUGCCUCAGUUUCUCAGAUGACACCUAUUCUCACUUCCAUCAGUUCUGAAUACACUACCAUUACAGAUGAAAUAGACACUUCCUGUGUGGUGGAUACAAGUCCUCCAGCAAGUCCCACAUCUGCUGGGACAUUUUUCGGGGAGGGAACAACUGAUGGGGAGAAAAACAGGAAACAGUCUGAAGUAGUGAUUGUGGAAAACGUAAGAUUAAAAAAUGCAGAGGAACUUCAGCAUAAAAAGAUGGAACGCAUUAUACAGCACCGUCUUCGUCAAAUUUCUUUAGAUGAAAGUGACAGGAUCAGUGAUAUUGCGAAACUUGUGGUCAGUGAAAUGGACACAGAAGGGGGGAGCACUUCAGGACAGGAAGAGGAAGAGGACUCUGAGGAUAUCCAUGGAUCAGUUGAGAGCCUGGUACCCAAUCAAGUCAUGUCAGACGUCAUCGAGAUCAAGAUCAGAAGACCAUCACAGGAAACAGAACCUAGAGUAUAAUGAUGGCUCUGAUUAGCUCCCAACUGCAUUGCACUAAUUCAUGUAUAUAAUCUAGUUUCUGUUUAUACAUGUAAAAUGUGAAUUCAGUUUAUGCCAAGUAUAUACGUAUAUUUCAAUUGUUUAGUAGUUCACAGAUGAAUAAGGGGGGAAAAAUAAUAGAACUAGAAAUACCCCCCCCCCCCCCCAAUUAAAAAUUUGAAAAUUUUGCAUGUUGAAGCCAUAGAAGACAUACUUGUCAUCAUAAAAAAGAAUACUGCAUUCAUAUUAUAAAAUCAGUAUUGAAAUUUUUUUUUAAGAAUUGCUUAGUAAGUUUAUUUUCUAUCUUAUUUUCCAUUUUAUUUUAGUGAAAUGACACCCCUUGUUCAUUUUGAGGUCAUCAGAAUAGAUGAUGUGACAUACUGCUAUCCAUGGCUGGUUGUAAACAGAAACAUUUAAGCUUCUAUUAUGAAACUGUCGAGCCAAUUCUUGUCAUAUUUGUAGUAUUUAAGUAUUAUUCAUGGAUAAAGGGAAACAAAAAGUCCCUGUCCCCAAGGGGUCAGAGCAGGGGCAUCAUCUCAAUUCCUUGACACCUUGCAGGCAAAAUGAGCGACAAGCUCUCUAUACCACAGUUAUAAAAUUCGUAGGUCUAGGGUCAGAAUUGUGGGAGGGACUUGCAACAAUGCAAAUGAAAUAAGGGGUUCACAGUUUUUUAUGAUGCAUGACAUCUACUAGAUUAUACUUCAAAGCUUCUGGGUUGAGCUGCAAGGGUCUUACAGCAAUGUUCCAUUGUCAGAUUAUUGUAGAAGAGAGUAUGAAAUACCGGUAAUUCCUAGUGACAAGGAAACAUUAGAGACUCCUUGUGAAUGAAACAUUUACUCCUGAAGAAAAUUCAUUGAGAAUAUCAAUCCCAUUAAGGUCACUGGAAGAAAAAACGUAAAUUUUGUGUGGGCCAAUUUUUUUUAACAGAGAUGCAUGAAAAACAUGACUUUAAGGGGGCUCAUGUCUUAGAGAGUACGUAGAAAUAUUCAUGAUAUAUUCAAGCGACCAUCAAAUCCUAUGGGCUAAAAUUGUAGAGAGGUGAUGCUGUUUGUUUACACAGAAUAAGUUUGUACAGUUUUUUCUUUUGAUCAGGAGAGCUGCUGGCUACUGUAUAUUGGUUUUAUGGGUGUGUAUAGUGCAUCUAAAUUAUAUUGUUUUUAACCAUCUGACUGUGAUAAUAAUAUCUUUGUCAUGAAAUAAUAUAUGUAUACACUACUGAUUUUUACCUCUGUAUUGUAAAUUAUUGUCCUGAAAUAUUUAUUCUAAUUAAUACCAUAACUUGUUCAUUUAUUAUUUAAAUAAAUUCCAGAUCACUUUUCUAAAAAAUAUUUCUUCAUGUUGAAAAUGAUUCAUUCUUGCUUAUAAUACAAUUGCUUUAAAAAAAUUUGCUCUACUUCAUAAAAUAUUUUGUAGUAGACCUAGUAUUCUGUUGGUCAAUAUAAUCUGUUGUGGCUUAUAAUAUAGAAUUUUAAGGUCUUCAUGCACUGCUGUGUGUCACUGUGACUUGCUGGACAUAUUUUCUUAAGGAAUGCAACUUUUUAAACUGCUUUAUGGCAUAUUUUUACAGAUAUGAAUAAUAUGUAUUUGCAUUCAAUACAAUAAUUGUAAAUAGAGUGUAUGUCUGUUUUUAUUCUUGUUUUUAUUAUUUUGUUAUGAGGAUGUGUUCUUGUUAUAUUAUAUAUAUAUUUGUAUAUGAAUCAGAUAAAUGCCAAAUACUUGUCUUUUCUGGUCAGAAAUGUACGUUAAUAUUUGCGUACAAUGAGUGCUUCAUUUGAUGCUAAUUUGGAGUUUUGCAUAUUGAGUCAGAUUGAAUCUCUGCUUAAAUAGCAUAAUAGAUUUUAACUACCCUGCAAACAAAACAGAUGUCAGCAUUGGUGCCAAAUUAUUGUAUAGUUUUUAUGAACACUGCGGAAACAAUGAUGACUUGUUAGCAUUUCAGAAAUGAACAAGGUAUUUUUUUCAAUAUUUUAUUAUUUACAUUGUAUUUGCAGUACUGAAAUCUGGGAAUAUACAGUGUUCAGUGUAUCAUAUAAAGGGUCAUUUUGAUAGUGCAGCAUUUUGUCACCUUCUGUGGAAUUUGCCAUGAAACUUUGGGGGAAUUUAAUAUGACUUAACAAGACUAAAUAUUUUGAAUAUGGAUGAUUUUAAUUUGUGGAUUCAGAAUCACCCAAAGUAUGCAUCCCAUCAAAUUAACCCCAUAUAGAACUUUAUUCAUGACACCACAAUAAAAUUCAGGAAGAAAUUAGCCUGCUGUAUUCCUGUAUGGUUCAUGUUCAUACAGAUUUAUUUUCAUGUUAUUGUGCUAAAUAUGUGAUACACAUGUAUACACUAAGUGUUCAGCUUAACAACACAGUUGCUCUCGUAAAGUCAAUGUUUUGGAAGAACCCAGAUUGUUAGAAUAAAAUGAUUAUUACAAAAGCAGUAAUAAAAAUUUUAAAAGCAA